AUGCUUGUUUUUAUCAUUUGUUUUUCUACUGUCAGUUUUUCUUUAUGUCAAAACUCAAGUGAUUUCAAAGCUCUGAAAAAGGAGCUAUUCUUUUCAAAGGAAUAUGAUAAAGAUUCAAAACCUGUACAAGAUUAUAAGAGUACCAUCUACGUAAAUGUUGAAUUGACAUUAAACUCACUUAUAACACUCGAUGAAGUUCAACAAAGAUUAACAACUAUUGGAUACCUUCAUAUUAGCUGGUAUGAUGAGUUCCUAACAUGGGACCGAACACAAUAUGGAGACUUAGAUUAUAUAUACCUUCCUCAGUCAAGCAUCUGGAAACCGGAUAUAACUUUACAAGAUAGUUAUACAGAGAUGGAAGAGCUAGGUUCCGAUUUGAUUUUGGCGACAAUCAAACAUGAUGGUAGUGUCAGUUGGACACCAUUUCAAGUGUUUAAUUCAUACUGCCCAGUCUCAAUGACAUUCUUUCCAUUUGACAGGCAAACUUGUGAAUUUGUUUUCGGAGCUUGGAGUAUGCAAAUGAACGAUAUUUCCCUUCUCAUAACAAAUGUAUCAGGAAUAGCAUUAGAGCGCUCUAUAAAGGAAAAUACAAUUUGGACGGUUGUUUCCACCUCAGUAAAAGCAACACAGUACCAUGAAGAAUCUAGAGUGAUAUUUUCUAUCACAUUACAGAGGAAACCGUUGUAUGUAAUGAUGCAUUUAGUCCUCCCGUUAGUCCUAUUAACACUUUUGAAUCUGUUUACAUUUGCCAUACCUGCUGAUAGUGGUGAACGCAUGGGUUACACGGUAACCGUUUGGUUGUCCUUCGGUGUAUUCCUUACUCUUGUUGGACAGUCUCUUCCAGAGAGUUCGGAAUCCAUAUCUUUUAUGGAUAUAUUUAUAGUGAUGCAGCUUUUCCAAAGCACACUGGUAGUGUUACUUUCAGCCGUUUUAUCCAGAUUAAUCGCUCGAAAUGGACAGACAUUUAUUUCGUCAUGUCUCCUAAAACGCAUUGUCACCUAUAAGAGAGGAAAGAGUGUGAACACAGCAUCGGAGAUAAAGAACGAUGAAAAGGAAACUCAAAUUUACAUUACCUGGAAAGAGUAUGUGUCCACUAUUGAUUUCUGCGUGUUUUGGUGUUUGCUGUCAAUAUGCAUCCUACUGAUAACUGCACUUUCAUUCUACACUGUUUACAAAGCUGAAUAUACGCUUUCAGGGGAAUGA